AUCGGGGAAGAAAGAAAAAGUCUCCAGAAAUCGUCUCAUAUCUUCUCACCUGAGGACACCUGGUCACACCUGCGUCAUGCCGGGACUUCUCCAGACCUGUGAGGACCUGUUCAGCACCCGUGACCUCUACAAUGUCAUAGGAGUGGAGAAAACGGCGACGGAGAAACAGGUGAAGAAAGGGUACUACCGCAUGUCCAUGAGAUUCCACCCGGACAGAAACUCAGACGACGCCCAGUCCACAGAAAAGUUCCAGGCUCUGAGUAAAGUCUACUCUGUCCUGUCUGACACCGGGAAAAGGGCCCUGUACGAUGAAAGUGGAGAGGUAGAUGAUGAAGUUGAUGUGGACCAGGACAAAGACUGGGCGUCCUACUGGCGUCUACUAUUCCCACAAGUCACUCUGCAGGCUGUGAAAGACUUCGAAAAGAACUACAAAGGUUCCGAAGAGGAGCUUGCUGACCUGAAGUCUGCGUACCUGGAGCACGAGGGCGACAUGGAUGACAUCAUGGACGCCGUUACCCUGGCAACGCUCGAGGAUGAGCCGCGCUUCCGCAAGCUGCUGAUUGGUCAGAUCAGGUCAGGUGACCUGCCGGACUUCCCAGCAUUCUCUCAGGAGGACAGGAGCAAGCAGCAACGCAGGAAACGCAAGGCUAAGAAAGAAGCGAAGGAGGCAGAAUCAGCGAUGAAAGAACUUGGCAUGGACGGUUCGGAGGACGCGCUGCAGAAAAUGAUCGCACAGAGAAGCCAAAACAGAGAGAGUCAGUUCAACAACUUCAUGGCUGAUCUGGAGGCUAGAUACGCACCAAAGGGGAAGAAAACCAAGAAAGGGAAAAAGUGAAAAGAA